AGUGACCCCCCAACACCACACAGUCAUUAUUUCCAUAUCGUGUUGCUCUCACGCCCACUGAGAGAGGGAGCAGAGAGCUCAUCCGGUGCAUUGAGGGACGUCCAGGUCCUCAUCUGCGCUCUGUACAGCAUCAGCACCAGCCGCUGCGUGAGAAACAAACCGAGUCGCAUCUCCCGCGGAGAGCAGCACCGUGUGCGCUUCAUUCAAUCUGGAGCGUCAGAUGGUGCAAGAUGCACCGCUUCUUUGUCCUCCUCUACACCCGGACUGUGCAAGUUAACGCUGGAAGACACCAAUAGUAGUUGAAGGACCCGAGAAGACACGUUUGAGCUGCGCUUGGAUUAUUGUCCUCCCGUGGAUUUCCUCCAGGACAGCGAAAGACGCGCACCGCGGCUUCCAGAGAAAUAAAGCGAAUCAUUGCUGCCUAAAAUGUGUUAAUUCGCUUGCUUUCUCGCGAGGGAGGAGCACUCAGAGCGUAAACAACACAGGGUGGCUUUGUUUCUCAGACACGGACCCGUGGAAGAUCACAUUGACAUGUCUUUCAGUGCUGGAUUUGGAGCUAUCGUUAUUUCUCCACUAACUUAGGGAAGUGUUGUUAGUAUCUCUUUGACUUUGCAGUGCACCUCAAUUAUACUUUUUUAUUUAGCAAACACAUGCAGUUCUCUUCAUAUCUUCUUCCUACAUGGUGGAGCGCUUGGGAUGCUUUUAUCGGAAGGGCGUAUUUGAGUCGCGUCUAUCGCCUUUGGAGUGAAGAAAGACCCCUUUAAACCCGUUCCCUCGGCAUUAUCUUGUGGAGUUACAGCGACCCACGUGGAAACACGGACGCGAAGGAGGGCAAGAUGGGGUGUUGCAGUGGUAGAUGCACGCUGGCAUUUAUAUGUGGCAUGCAAUUGAUCAGCAUCCUGGAGCGACAGAUAUUUGAUUUCCUCGGAUACCAGUGGGCUCCGAUCCUCACAAACUUCAUCCAUAUCAUCACAGUGAUUCUAGGUCUCUUUGGGACGGUGCAGUUCAGACCGCGAUAUGUGACCGGGUAUGCAGUCUGGUUGGUGCUGUGGGUCGCCUGGAACGUCUUCAUCAUCUGUUUCUAUUUGGAAGUGGGUGACCUUUCAAAGGACACAGACCUGAUUAUGACCUUCAACAUCUCCAUGCAUCGCUCCUGGUGGAUGGAGAACGGCCCGGGGUGCAGGGUGACCCCUGUGACCCCUCCUCCCUCCUGGGCCCCGGAGGACCACCGCUACAUUAGCAUCGCUGGCUGUCUGCUGGAGUACCAGUAUGUGGAGGUGGCCCACAGUUCCUUGCAGAUUAUCUUGGCUCUUGCUGGGUUCAUCUAUGCCUGUUAUGUUGUGAAGCUCAUUUCAGAAGAGGAAGACAGCUUUGACUUUAUAGGAGGGUUUGAUUCAUAUGGUUACCAAGGGCCACAGAAGACGUCACAUUUGCAACUACAACCAAUGUACAUGUCGAAGUAAAAGGAUAACUGCCUUAUCAGCCAAUCAAAACGAAGAGAACUGAUGUUUGAACUUGUCUUUCUACGUAAAUGUCUUAACAUGAUAGUGUCUUACGGACUGUCGGAGGAACACAGAACCGACACUUUAACCUCAAAGACUCCAAGUGGAUUUUCUUUGUCUACGCCCAGUCCUUCUCCUCCAGAGCGCUGCCGUCAGGCGCGAGAGAGCCCUCGUGUGGCCGAAGCCCCUCAGCAGACUCUCAUCACUAGCGGUGCAAAACGGAGGAGCAGAUUGAGUCUAUGUCUGCGGACAGAUCUGCAAUAAGAAAGACUUGGAAUCGUGCAAUGUGUGUCCGACUGACUGAAACCGUCCAUACUUAAAGAAUGUUCAUUAACUAGUCAGUAUGAUAUUAGUUAUCUAGUCCUACAAUCUUUCAAACAGUGACUGGAGUGGAGAGUCAUUUAUCCAGUUGUGUUUACAAAGGGUUAUUCCAAGCGUUGGAACGACCGUCGGUGUUUAAUUGCAACCCAAGUAGUUUUUCUUCUUUCUCCUGGAUGUACUUGUCUUGAAAGUGCCAAGAACAGUUACGGAAAAAAAAAAAACUAAGCGAAUAAAGAAAUCAGUAGCUGCUAAGAGAUUCAUAUUUUUUUUGGAGUUAAACGAAAUCCAAAAAAAAAAAAACUAUGAUUUUAUCCGUUCGACGUCACCAUGGGAUCAACCGUAUUUGUUUGCAUGAGGUGUCAAAAUCUGUUGCGUAUUUAAUAUCUUUCAGCUAGACAUAGGCCGACCUUGGAAGGGGUAACAGUCGCUCCGAAAGGUUACUUGUGAAUAUUGUUGUUUUUUAAGACGGUGUUGAGUCUUGUUAACAAGAUAACGGAUAGAAACCCAAUUGUAACUUCUUUCAAUUUUAAGCCUUUUUUUAAUGUGUGCCAGUGUUCACUCUUUUCUAGUAGACUAAUAAUUUAUUAUGCCGUGUAAGUGGGCCUUUCUUUUCGAUAUUCCUGUACAUAUUGAGAGGGGUAGGGAUAGAGAUGCAGUAUUUCUAGUGAUGUGACGUGCGAGGAGGUGUGUGGAAGAGUCUAAUCAGGUUAGAACGCUUCGUUUUGUGUAGUAACAAGAACCCAAGAGUAACGAGUCUCUAAAUGAUUUCUCAACGCAAUUGUUCCCCAACGUUUAAGCGAUUCAGGUGCUCCCCCUUGAUUUAGCUGUGCUGUAUGGCUUCUUUUGUAACCUGAAUCCUGAAUGAAUAUCAACAAAGACUUUCUUUAAAUGCUGCACUUUCAAAUACCACGCAUAUUGUAGCCUUUGGAUGAUGCGUGAAAGCGUGAAAUGUCUUCAUUUUGGUCAAACUACCAUGCCAAACGCAGCUGAAUAUUGCAUUUUCCCCUUCCUCAACUGAUAAAAUAUGUAUUUCUCCACUGUAUAUUAUCUUUUCCCUUAAACUGACUCUAGUAACUGUGUGGAGUUGACAUAUUAUCUGCGGUUUGGUGUGGAAUUUUCUGAGAGAAAGUGCCUAAAAUGACAUCCUGUUAACAUUCCAAUAAAUGGCAAUCUGCUCUCACCCGGAACGGCUGUACAUAAACGGAGGGUUUGACUGAGCUGUGUUUAAUCAAACCCCUUGUGAACUGCACUGGCAAAGCUAAGUGGCUUUGAUAAUUAAUAAAGAUAUUUUAGCCGCACCACUCUCCAGACCUCACUGGCAAAUAAUUCCCCGCAGUCCCUUGCUGCAAUCUUUCUGCAUCCGACUCAAUAUGGAGUGAUAGAUGGUUGCUUGUUUGUUUGGGUAAUGCAAUUAAUAAGAGAGAUGACAGUAGGAAAACUGUAUGAUAUUAUAUUUCAUCCCCAAACUCAAAAAAAGAGAACAUACUUGACCCUGGACCACAAAACCAGUCAUAAGUAGCACGGGUAUAUUUGUAGCAAUAGCCAAAAAUACAUUGUAUUCCAAAAAUCAUUAGGAUAUUAAGUAAAGAUCAUGUUCCAUUAAGAUAUUUUGUAAAUUUCCUACCGUAAAAAUAUUAAAACUUAAUUUUUGAUUAGUAAUAUGCAUUGCUAAGAACUUCAUUUGGACAGCUUUAAAGGCGAUUUUCUCUAUCCUAACAAAACAUGCAUCAGUGGAAAGCUUUAUUUAUUUAAAAAAAAAUUUACCCUUAUGACUGGUUUUGUGGUCCAGGGUUGCAUAUAUUUUGCUUUAUGAAAAGUAAGACUUUUGUAUUUUUUUUAAUUAAUAAGGAGGAUUAUUUAAUUUGUCUUAAAUGAUUUAUUAGAAUACUGUAAUGCACAAAAUUCUCUUUUACCACUGUAAUGCAAAAAUAAAAUAAAAAGUAGAAAAUAACAGUAAUGACAUAUAUUACAUAAUACAGUCUAAUAAGAAUGAUUAUUAAGAAUAUUGGGAAUUUAAAAAAACAAAAUGGAAAUUGAGAAAGAAACAGCAGGACAUGUUUUAAAAAAAUGAUGUUACAAAAUAUCUUAAAUCUCUUGUAUAUAAUCAUAAAAUACACCUUAAUGGUCUGUCAAAAUUAAGUACUAAUUCCUUUAAAUGCCUUUAAAACCUUAAUUGUCAUAAAAAAAAAAAAAAAAAAUAGGCCUUGUUUUAUUAUACGCUGAAAAAAAGUUGUGUCAAUUUAAAAAAAAAAAGUGUUUGUGCUGCCUUAAAAUUGAAUUGAGUACUACUUAAAAACAUAGAUAUUUGAAUUGAGUAAACUUAAAACUUUAAGACAGCAUGAACACUUACUUUAAGUUGAACUUUUUUUUUUUUUAAAUAAAACAAUAUAAUAAAAUGACCUAUUUUAGGACCUUAUUGAUUCUAAAAAUAUAUACACUGCCGUUAAAAAUUUGGGAUCAGUAAGAUUUUUUUUUUUUUUUUUUCCAAGAACUUCCUUAUGCUCAUCAAGGCUGUGUUUAUUUGACCAAAAUACAGAUAAAAACAGUAACAUUGUGAAAUAUUAUUGCAAUUUAAAAUAAUGGUUUUCCGUUUUAAUAUACUUUAAAAUAUAAUUUAUUUCUGUGAUGGAAUGCAGAAUUUUCUUUAAUCAUUACUCCAGUCUCCAAUGUCACAUGAUCCUUCAGAAAUCAUUCUAAUAUGCUGAUUUUUUAUCAACGUUGAAUAAUUCUUUGAUGAAUAAAAAGAACAGCAUAAAUGAACAGCAUUUAUUCAAAAUAGAAAUAUUUUCUAACAAUGUAAGUCUUUACUAUGACUUUUUAUCAAUUUAACACACGCAUGCUGGAUAAAAGUACUAAUAUCUUUCAAAGAAAAAAAUGGUAGUGUAUAUUGUUACAAAAGAUUUCCAUUUUGAAUAAACGCUGUUAGAUUUAGAAAUUCUAUUAGAACGAUUUUUAAAGGGUGAUGUGACACUGAAGACUGGAGUAAUGAUGCUGAAAAUUCAGCUUUGCUUCACCGGAAUAAAUUCUAUUUUAAAGUAUAUUAAAAUAGAAACCCACUAUGUUAAAUUGCAAUAAUAUUACAGUUUUUCUGUAUUUAUAGUCAAAUAAACAGACUUGAGAAGCAGAAAAGACUUCUUUCAAAAAUAUCAAAAAUCUUACACUCUCACACUUUUGAACAGCAGUGUAUAUAUAAUACUUUUUUUAGUUGUCCUUAAAAAGUGUUACAUAUAAAUAUUUUAAAAGUCUUGAAUAUCUUAAUGGAACAUCAUGGUCCUAAUAUUGUAUAAUUAGUUUUUUUCAGCAUUUUAUUUAUUUUACUGGAUUUUGGGGUGAAAUGUGAUUUGGUUUUCAAGAGAUUUGCCUAUGUAAUUGCUGUUGUUUGAAGGUGUUUAAUUGCCUAAACUACUCAAAGAUGAGCAGAUUCCAGACUUCCAUCAGUCUGAGAGAUUUGUAAAUACAUCCUGAUUCAACAUGGUGCUUGAUUAGACUUUAUCAUAUCAAAUAAACAGGGCAAAGUAAAGCAAAAAAAAAAAAAAAAAAAAAAAAAAAAAAAAAAAACAUGUUCUCGUUCUCAAUAUACUUGCAAGGCACAGUCUAAGCUUACGUGAGACCUACCCUGCAUUAAUACAUGUAAAACAAGACUUGGCAAUGUUAAAUGUCAAAUUUGACUAUCAGUAAUUAUGAGCUGAAAGAAGCCUGAAUGAAUAUGAAUACUUUUCACGUUCAGGAAAUCUUGCAUGAUGCUUCUAGCCGGGAGUGUAUGUGAUGUCACCAUGACAAUGCUCUAACCAAAACUGUAAAUAAAAAAUAUGGAUUUAGAAAUUAGUUAAAAUUCUUGUGAAGUGUACAACAUGGUCCAAACAGAAUCACAAAUAUAGCUUUUAUUUGACAGUACAUUGUAAGACUAGCUUAAGCGUUCUCGUUAAUUCAGUGGUCAAUUAUGAUAUUCGAAAACAAAUGACACUCAUGGUAGAUGCUUUAAGCGGCUUUCCAGGUUGUUUUAAUUGGGUUCAGUGCUGAGUUUUGAAUAGAUAGGCCUUUUCUAUUUCUGUUCCUUUUAAAGAAUGACUGUAAAUAAAAACCAGACUGUGUCAAUGA